UAUUCAUCAUCAUUGCAAGUCUCAAGGGAAUCAAUACUAGAAAAGAUGCUGGCAAGAUAAAACUCAAAGAAGAAACAUGCGUAUCACCACUUGGAAUAUAAACGGUUUACGCACUUUACGUCAAUAUAGACCUUGGUAUUCACUAAAAGAUUGGCAAGCAUGUUUGGAUUACUUGGAAGCAGAUAUAAUCUGUUUUCAAGAGGUCAAACUUACACGUAAAGCAUUGGUAACCUAUCAUAGAGAUAUGUGUGUUGCAGAAGGAUAUGAAGCAUAUUACAACCUUCAUCCUACAAAAGGUUACUCUGGCGUAGCAACAUUUGUCAAAAAAGAUGUCUGUCAUGUACGAAAAGCAGAGAUGGGAUUGACGGGUGAAUUGGUACAGAACAAAGGUGACUCUCAAACCAGCAUUGGAGGUUAUCCUGAUCUACGUGCUCCUGAAUUGUCGGUUUACGACCAGAUCGAUCAAGAAGGAAGAGCAGUCGUGGUGGAUUGUGGGCUAUUUGUGCUUUUCAAUCUGUAUUGCCCAAACGAAACUGAUGAAGGUAGACGGGAGUACAAGAUGGGAUACUAUUAUACCCUUGCUGAACGAGUAGAGAAUCUAUUGGCAAGUGGACGUGAGGUGAUAAUCGUUGGAGAUUUGAACAUCGCCCAUUUACCGAUCGAUCAUUGUGAAGGUGUCAAUCAACGCACUCGUCAAGAGCAUCUCGACAUUCAUCCGGCCCGUCAAUGGUUGGAUCAGUUUCUCGUGCCAAAUGGAGCAUUUCAUGACGUCACACGAAACCAUCACCCUUCAAGAAAGUUCAUGUACACAUGUUGGGAUACCGUCAAAGAUACCAGACCGGCCAAUUAUGGCGUUCGGAUAGACUAUACAUUGGUCAGCAAAGGCUUGAUGCCAUGGGUAAAAGGUGCAGAUAUUCAAGCCAACAUUUACGGAAGCGAUCAUUGUCCGGUAUACGUUGACUUUCAUGAUGAGAUCCAGCUGGAGAAUGGCAAGACAGUAAAGCUAAAGGACACUUUGCUCUCGGAUCCUACCACCAAGAGGAAGUUGCCCCCAUUAGCAACUAACACUUGGCCAGAAUUCUCUGGGAGAAGGAUACAAAGCUUUUUUGCUCCUAAGCCGAGCUUGACGCCUUCGCCAAGUCCUGCUCCGAACGCACAACAAUCUCCUUCGCCUAUCUCAACAUCUGCAGUAUCAUCGACAAUCGUCAAACCAGCAGCACCAGUCCCUCCGUCAAAGACACCCCCACCAACGGUAUCGUCACAGACAAAUACUUCGAUUCCCACAUCUGCUACACCGGCAAGUCGUAAAGAGGCGAAGACUGAAUUAAAAAAGGCAACACCAUCCAAGAAGGUCAAUGAUCGCAAAAGCUCAACUUCGGCAAAGUCAAAUGGACAAACAAAUCUACGCUCCUUCUUCUCUCAACCAAAGGCACAGCCAGAUUCACAGGAUAUUGUGGCAAAGACAGAUGAUCAAGUUAGUCAAAGUACGGAGAAAGAUACAGAUGCAUCAUCAUCUACAAUCGACCCGACUUCAUCACCACUCAAAGAACAACCAUCACCAUCGCCAGAUCUGAGGAAAGGAGAAGGAGCAGACGCUUUUGAUGAUACGAAUAGUGCAGAUCGUGUAACUUCAGCAUUGGCAUGGGGAUCAAUCUUUGCGCCCAAACAGCCGCCAUUGUGUUAUACCCACAACGAACCUGCACGAGCAUGGACGGUGAACAAGCCAGGUCCUAAUCAUGGACGUAAAUUUUGGAUGUGUUCAAGACCGGUCGGGAGUGGCGGAACGGGUAAUCCAAACGAUGAUUUGAAAUAUAGAUGUUCAUUUUGGAAAUGGGAUAGCGAUAUACGUGCAAGACAAUCAAAAUUAGACAGAGACGAUAUUGGAGAAGCUCGUAGCUUUCAUGAAGUUGCCGGCAAAGCACCCCGAUUGGGAAGUGGUGAAAAACGUGGACCUGAACAAAGCGAAUCAAGAGCUCCUCAUAAAUCUGCAAUCUUUAAACGGCAAAAGAAAUAAAUUCAAUUUGUAUUAAAUUAGCAUUUUUCCUACGGACGAUUAUGUCAAAUUUGUAUUUUACGUACGAAAAGGUGAUAGCAUGUUUUUGUAAUGUAAUGAAAUGAUC